AAUGGGUUCUUCUUUAUGUGUAAAUUGCACCAUAAAAACUGAAGAAUCUGAUAUGCAAACAUUCCCUUAAGUGUAAUAAAUCAUGUUUGAGUAUUCAUAUCUUUAAGAAAUUCCUGAUAUUUCCAUUCCUCAAGAACAACAAUAAUAAUCACCUGAAACAGAUACUUCAAAGAAUCUAGCAAGUCCUUAAUUGAGAGGUAUUUUGAAACACAAUUUAUAAUAAAAACAAGAUCAUGGAAAUUUUUGUUAAGAUAACAAAUUGUCUAUAAUUACUAUUUAAAAGAAAAAAGUCAAAUUUAGAAAACCAUCAAAAUUUUUUCAAAAGGACUGA